GUCUCAUGGACAAACAACAAAGCACAUGGAUCUCGUUUAGAUAAAAGGAAAAGUCAGAGGAAGUGGAUAGUGAGUGGUACAAGCACCAACGGCAAUAUAGAGAGUACGUGUAGGGUGUACCACAAAACUUGGCGAUAAUAAUUCAUUUAACUCCUCCAACUCAAUUUGACAACAACAUUAUCUUUAGCAUUCAUAUCAUUCACAUCUCCUCCUCAUCUUUCUCUGUUCGGUUUCUAAACAAAAACUGAAACCAGGGUUCUGUUUCUUUCAUCAUUCUCUUUCGUUUUUUUCUUUUAAUUCGACGGGUGUGCUUUGCCAUCUUUUGGAGCUGAGGAAAUUAUCAAGAGAGAAGUGUUUCUUGAAGGGCGUUGAUUUCAGAACUGCAACUGAUAGAAUAUAUAUUACAGGGAGAAUGAUACUUGCGAUUUGAUUAUGAAAGAAGUUUUCUUGGCCAGAAACGCACUGAAUUUCCUGCGUCCCGUUUCGCCUCGUUAAUUGAGAAUGGGAGGUGCAGUGGGAAAGGCUGGUUCACCUCAAAAGGCAUGGAUACCGGAAACAAAAAUUGAAACAAAAGUGGUCGAAGCUAUGCGGCGGAGGGAAACUCAUGGAAGUUCAAUAAAAUCAUUCAACAGCAUAAUCUUAAAAUUCCCAAAAAUAGAUGAAAGCUUCAGAAAAUGUAAAGCUACUUUUGAGCAAUUUGAUGAAGAUUCCAAUGGGUCCAUUGAUAAGGAAGAGCUCCGGAAAUGUUUCCAUAAGCUGGAGACUGCGUUUACAGACGAAGAAAUAAACGAUCUCUUCGAGACAUGUGAUGUUAAUGAGGACAUGGGCAUGAAGUUCAAUGAGUUCAUUGUACUUCUCUGUCUUGUCUAUCUUCUCAAGGAUGAUCCUGCUAUCCCUCAAGCUAAAUCACGAAUAGGCAUGCCGGAUUUGGAGGCCACAUUUGAAACACUGGUUGGGGCCUUUGUGUUCUUAGACAAGAACAAGGACGGUUACGUCAGCAAGAGUGAGAUGGUACAAGCCAUAAAUGAAUCUGGGGAACGUUCGUCUGGACGAAUAGCCAUGAAAAGAUUUGAAGAGAUGGACUGGGAUAGAAACGGAAUGGUGAAUUUCAAGGAGUUUCUGUUUGCUUUCACUAAUUGGGUUGGGAUCGAUGACAACGAAGAUGAGGAGGACUGAAUGUAUGCAAAUUCUCCCGUCUCCAGCUCUCUACUUGACGAAUCAUGAUGACCUGGAGCUGACAUUCACAGACGUGAAAGUUCCUAUAUAUAUAAGCGCCUCUUUGUCUCUUCAAUAAAUGAUCAAAACACAUUCUAUGUUUUGCUGGCUCGGAAGAAAUCUUUUUCCUUCUAUGCUUUGUAAUGUAAAUUGGGUUUUUAAGUAUACAACCCUACAUGCUUGUGAUGCAUUUUGUUUAUAAAACCAAAAACAAACCAAACUAGUCGGGUUUUUUAAAAUUUUAA